CGCAGCGGCGCAGCAGCGCUGACGUCAGCGGGGCGCGCGCGCCUGCGUGCCGUGCGUCGCGCGGGGAGCCGGUUCCCGCCAUCCGCCGCCGCGCCCCUCCGCGGGCCGCAGGUUCCGAGGCGGUGCCGGCUGCGGUGAGGCCCCGCCAUGGCCCCGCUGAAAGUGCACGGCCCCGUGCGGAUGCGCAGCAUGCAGACUGGCAUCACCAAGUGGAAGGAGGGCAGCUUCGAGAUCGUGGAGAAGGACAACAAAGUCAGCCUGGUGGUCCACUACAACGUGGGGGGCAUCCCCAAGAUAUUCCAGCUAAGCCAUAACAUCAAGUCUGUGACCUUACGGCCCAAUGGCAGAAAGCUGUGCUGCCUGAUGCUGACGCUGAAGGAUACCAGCUUCCUGACCAUUGAUAAGGUACCGCUUAAAGACGCGAAUGAGAUGCGGAUGUAUUUGGAUGCGGUCCAUCAAGACAGGCUUCAUACUGCUGGGAAACCCUCUCAGGGAUCUGGCAGCUUUGGAGGUGUGCUGGGCAGCAGGACCACACAGAAGGAAGCUAAUAGGCAAUUCUCUUAUAUAGAGAAUCAGGCUCCUCCCAAAAGGGUGACUGUGGAAACUAAGGAUGAAAAUCCAUUCCGCAAGGUGCUGGGCACCCCGGCUCGGGCAUCUGUUAAGAACUCCAGUGGAACUGGAGCACCUGGCAACAGGGGGAAUGUUGCAGCAUCUCCAACGUCAUCAGUCGCUCACAGAACAGGCUUGCUGGAGAGCCGUGAAAAGAGGAAAAGAGCACAACCUCCAAGUUCAGAAAUGAGUGAAGAUUAUCCCAAAGAGAAUGAUUCUUCAACGAAUAAUAUAGCUAUGAGUGAUCCAGCAUGGAAAUACUUAAACAGUAGCAGAGAUAAACAGUUAAAACUGAAGCAAGAGGAGGAAAAUAGGACGUCAGGUGUUUUACCGCUGCAGUCAUCAUCCUUUUAUGGUAGCAGGUCCUCAUCAAAAGAGUACUCCACUAGCAGUUCCACCCUGGACAGGACUAGUGUAUCCAGCCAGACUACUUCAGCCAAAAGAAGCCUGGGAUUUCUUUCUCAACCUGCCCCUCUUUCUGUUAAGAAAAUGAGAUCUAAUCAAGAUUACACAGGGUGGAACAAACCCAGAGUGCCCCUUUCCACCCACCCUCAGCAGCAAUUACAAGGGUUUUCUAACUUAGGAAACACCUGCUAUAUGAAUGCCAUUCUACAGUCCUUGUUUUCAAUCCAAUCCUUUGCUAACGAUUUGCUCAAGCAGGGCAUCCCAUGGAAGAAGAUUCCACUCAAUGCGCUUAUCAGACGUUUUGCCCAUCUCUUGGCGAAAAAGGAUGUCAGCAGCCCUGAGGUUAAGAAGGAGUUGCUCAAGAAGGUGAAAAGUGCCAUUUCAGCUACUGCAGAGAGAUUCUCUGGGUAUAUGCAGAAUGAUGCACAUGAGUUCUUGAGCCAGUGUCUGGACCAGCUGAAAGAGGACAUGGAAAAGUUGAACAAGACUUGGAAGAGUGAACCAGUCCCUAAUGACGAUAGCUCACCUGGGAGGGCUUCUGAUGAUCUUUCAGCUACCAAAGUUUAUACAUGCCCAGUUAUCAGUAACUUAGAGUUUGAGGUUCAGCAUUCUAUCAUUUGUAAAACAUGUGGUGAAACGGUCACCAAACGGGAACAGUUUAAUGACCUCUCCAUUGACCUUCCUCGAAGAAAGAAGUUGUUUCCAUCUCGGUCGAUCCAGGAUUCCCUUGACCUCUUCUUUCGGGCAGAGGAAAUUGAGUAUUCCUGUGAGAAAUGUAAUGGGAAGUCUGCUGUUGUCACACAUAAAUUCAAUCGGCUUCCCAGGGUCCUGAUUCUUCAUCUGAAACGAUACAGCUUCAAUGUAGCAUUGUCUCUCAAUCACAAAGUUGGGCAACAGGUGGUUAUUCCGAGAUACUUAACCCUGCUUUCACACUGUACAGAAAGCACCAGGCUGCCACUGACCCUGGGCUGGAGUGCUCAUUCUGCAAUUUCCCGUCCACUGAAAGCCUCCCAAAUGGUGAAUUCCUGUACUAUAAGCACUUCUACACCAAGUAGAAAAUAUACUUUCAAAUCAAAGAGCUCUGCAGCACUCGGUGUGGAUUCAGACAGCGAUGAUGAGCCCCUGAAACGUUCUGUUGCCAAUAGCCAAAGGUUGUGCAACAUACAGAGCAGAGAUCAGCAGCAACUGCAAGAAGAGCCAGAAAAGAGUUCAAAACGAAGUAAAAUGGAGGGCGAUAAACCUGAGCUGGGCAAUGCUGGUUUUGAUGGCAUGAGUGAAGAUGAGCUGCUAGCAGCUGUCUUAGAGAUCAGCAAAAGGGAAGCUUCUCUGUCUCUGAGCCAUGAUGAGGAUAAGCCCACAAGCAGCCCAGACACUGGGUUUGGAGAUGAUGAAAUUCAGGAGUUGCCUGAAAACCUGGAAACGAUGGAGACAGAAAAACCCAAAGCGCCAUCAGAGUCAGGUCCUGCCAAUUUCACUGAGAUAACUAAAGAUUUCGAUGAGAAUAAGGAAAACAAAACUCCGGAAGGCUCCCAGGGAGAGGUUGACUGGCUGCAGCAGUACGAUAUGGAGAGAGAGAGGGAAGAACAAGAACUUCAGCAAGCACUGGCUCAGAGCCUUCAAGAACAAGAGGCACGAGAACAAAAAGAGGAUGAUGACCUUAAGCGAGCUACGGAAUUAAGUCUACAAGAGUUUAACAGCUCUCUCCUGGACAGCGUUGGCUCUGAUGAGGACUCUGGGAAUGAGGAUGUGCUUGACAUGGAGUACUCAGAAGCUGAAGCAGAAGAGCUGAAAAGAAACGCUGAGACAGGAGAGCUGCCUCACUCCUAUCGCCUCAUCAGCAUUGUCAGCCACAUUGGAAGCACAUCAUCUUCAGGUCACUAUAUCAGCGAUGUCUAUGAUAUCAAGAAGCAGUCCUGGUUCACCUACAAUGAUCUGGAGGUGUCUAGAACUUUAGAAGCCACUGUCCAGUGUGACAGAGACCGGAGUGGCUACAUCUUCUUCUACAUGCACAAGGAUAUCUUCGAUGAAUUACUAGAAACAGAGAAAAGUGCACAGCCACUUAGCGUGGAAGUAGGCAGAUCGAUCCGUCAGCCGCUGUGAGGAGUCCAACACCUCGUACCUCUUGAGGAGCACAGAAAAUCCUGAACUUGUGCCGGACGUGCAGGAGUAACAAACAGCUCAGGGCCAAAACAACAGACACAUGGUAGAAAUACGGAUGCUCACAUUUUGCACAACCAUCUGUGCAAGUCUUCGGCCCGAACCACAGUCGUCAACCUUGACAUCCCGGAGCGAUGCUCCUGUGGUGAAGUUUUUAUUGUUCCUUAAACGAUUUUGUCAGCAUGGAGCCUUAAAGAGUUGCAUCAAGCCACGAGACUACAGCUGCUCACAGACUGAUUUAAAAGGAAAAAUGUGCAAAAAGAGACUCAUCUUCAAAAGCCCAUUCACAGGCCAGAUGUGAGUGGGGAAGAUUUACAUAUCAUUUGGCUCUUUUUUGUUGGGUUGUUUUUUUUUCCUUCUCCAAAACCGGUUUAAGCAAUAGAUUCUGUUAGCUGGUGUGUGUUGUGUUGGUGAUUUUCACUGGCAGCCCAGCUCCCAGGGUAAGCUCUCAGCAGUCAUCUCGCUGUGCAGUCGCUGAGCUGAUGUGUUUUGACAUUGGUGGGUUUGUAAGCUCUCUGCUGGUGACGUGCAGUUCCAGGAAACAAACUCUUGGUGCUGUGGAAUGUAUUGCAUACCUGGUGGCAGCUCUGUCUCUUUGAUGCCAUUCACUGUCAUCCUCCUUUAGUGGUGAGAUUAUACAUGUGAUUUAUUUUACAAGCAUUAUUAUUUGAUUGUGUUCUCUUUGCUACAUUGUUGUGUAAGUGUGGAGAAGAGAGGUGUGCAGUGUUCCUCGCUGAAGUUACGUUGCUUAGGGCUUGCUUUGAUGUAACUGACCCAAGCUGCUGGGUGACACCUGGAGCAGGUGGAGAACAGGAGCUGAACCACAGCUGCUUUUUCAUCUUGCCUCAUUCUGUGCAGCCGAGAAUCAUCGUGAAAUGAAAACGAUGGGAAGAAGGCAGGGCCUGCAGCGCCUUGCUUGCCACUCUUUGCUUGAACCGUGGUCUUUCUUUGGUCUUCCCUCAUCCCAGGUGCAGAAAAAGGGAUUUCACUGCAGCUCUGUGGCUGUUCUUACAGAGGAGUGCAGAGUGCUCCAGCUGUGUGACUAAAGCAGGUGGAAAGCUUUCAGGAAGCUUGUGUUCAGUGCUAACAGAACAGUUUGGGAACAUGUUUAAUGAGGCUAGCUCCAAGAUACUCAUUUUAGAGCUUGUUUCAGCAGGGAGAAAAAAAUGCCUAUCGACUUAAUUUUUUUUUUUUUUUUUUAGCACCUUGGCACUUAUUUAGCAGGGGCAGAUGUUUCCUUUUGCUGGCAUCUACUUACUUCAGAGAAACUGUUGCUAUUAAGCAGAGUAGUUGAUCUUGUUUUGGCCUCUAGCUCUGUUCUUUGCAGCUUGAGUUUUAGAGGUGAAAGACUUCUUUUAAAAAAAAAAAAAAACACAGAAAA